CACCUAGGCGCAUGAAAACUCGAGAUUUUCCUGGAAAGGAGACCAUGCCCCCCAAGUCUCUUUCCAACCUCUCCCAGACCGCGGGCGUGAACCAGAGCGGUUUUUUUCCCGGGGCGUCGGAAAGGGAUUUCCUGCCUGCCACGGACAGGACCACUGCGGAAUUUGUGAUCCGCUGUGUGAUCCCCUCUCUCUACCUGCUCAUCAUCACAGUGGGCUUGCUGGGCAACAUCGUGCUGGUGAAGAUCUUCCUCACCAAUAGCGCCAUGAGGAGCGUCCCCAACAUCUUCAUCUCUAACCUGGCCGCUGGGGACGUGCUGCUGUUGCUCACCUGCGUCCCGGUAGAUGCCUCUCGCUACUUCUUGGACGAGUGGAUGUUCGGGAAGGUGGGCUGCAAACUCAUCCCGGUGAUCCAGCUCACCUCCGUGGGGGUGUCCGUGUUCACUCUCACUGCCCUCAGCGCGGACAGGUACAGAGCAAUUGUGAAUCCCAUGGACAUCCAGACUUCAGGGGCAGUGCUGUGGACCUGUGUGAAAGCUGGGGGUAUCUGGGUAGUCUCAGUGCUGUUGGCUGUUCCAGAAGCAGUGUUUUCCGAAGUUGCACGUAUCGAUGGACUGGAUAACGGCAGCUUCACAGCAUGUAUACCCUACCCUCAGACGGAUGAAUUACAUCCAAAGAUUCAUUCAGUGCUCAUUUUCUUGGUCUAUUUCCUCAUACCACUUGGUAUUAUUAGUGUUUAUUAUUAUCACAUUGCAAAGACUUUAAUUAAAAGUGCACAUAAUCUUCCAGGAGAAUACAAUGAACAUACCAAAAAACAGAUGGAAACACGGAAACGCCUGGCCAAAAUCGUGCUGGUCUUUGUGGGCUGCUUUGUCUUCUGUUGGUUUCCAAAUCACAUCCUUUACAUGUAUAGGUCUUUCAACUAUAAUGAGAUUGACCCAUCUCUAGGCCACAUGAUUGUCACCUUAUUUGCCCGGGUUCUGAGCUUUUGCAAUUCUUGUGUCAAUCCAUUUGCUCUGUAUCUACUCAGCGAAAGCUUCCGAAAGCACUUUAAUAACCAGCUCUGUUGCGGAAGGAAGUCCUAUAGAGAGAGAUCACCCAGCUACCUGCUCAGCUCUUCGGCAGUGCGCAUGACGUCCCUGAAAAGCAACGCUAAGAACAUUGUGACCAAUUCUGUAUUACCAAAUGGGCACAGCGUGAAACAGGAAAUGGCACUGUGAUUUUGGCCAUUCAGCUCACUACUUGAAAAGAGCUUACUCUUCUAUCUCUAUUGCAUAGAGCAGAACUGAACAAUUUUCUUUCUUACUGUAUCUCAACUAAUUCAUUAGGUGAUUUCACGACUGACUCAGAAAAGGCAAAAUAAACAGAGCUAAUAUUUUUCUCUGAACCAAAUUUUACAAGACAUUUAAAAAAAUGUAUUACAUUAAAUGCUUCAAAAAGCAA